GAUGAAAAUGGAAAAAGAAAAUAUUGUAAUAGUAAUGUUAGAGUUAAAUUAAAUUCUAACACAAGAGAUGAACGUAAAAUUAACAAAUACCCUUUAGAAUUAGCUGCAAUUGUUUUAGAUGGAAAAGUUCCUAAUUUGCUUGUAACUUAUUAUUAA